AUGGGCCCUCACAAGGAUUUGGUGCAGACUUUGCGCAGGGUAUUUACAAUGAUUUGUUUUGAUGUUUGCCGAUGUUUAUUAUGGCUUUGUCACUGUCAACCAUGGCAACCUCUCCUGAAUGCACUCCUGCAAGCGAAAUACGACACAUGCUUCAACGCCUGGUUCGAAGGUUAUCUUGAGCCCGCAGUGGCAGUCUCAUCGUCAGAGCGCUCAGCGUACUCGCAACAAAGGGCUGAUGAGUUUGGACGAACUGCGGGAAGGUUUGGGAACAAUAUAUCGCCGUGUGUCCAGAAAGCUGUGAUGGAGAAGGGGUUGGGGGAGCUCUUACGACAAGCACGCGAAGAAAACCCUUUGCGGGAGCCCGCUGUCGUACAGUCCUCUAGAAGGACGUCGUGA